UGUGUUUAACGCCCGCAGUUCGCCAAACUGCAACAAACGAGACAAUCACGGCGUUCCGACCUCACUGUAGACAACUGCGAGUUCUCGGACUGUGAGAGGUGUUCAGGUGAGAUAACCUGAGCGUUCACGGGUGCCAUGAAUUGGGCUUUUCUUCAGGGUCUCCUGAGUGGGGUCAACAAGUACUCCACCGCAUUCGGCCGGGUCUGGCUGUCCAUAGUCUUCCUGUUCAGGGUCAUGGUCUUCGUCGUAGCUGCGGAGAAGGUAUGGGGUGACGAGCAGAAAGACUUUACAUGUAACACUGCUCAGCCUGGCUGCCAUAACGUUUGCUACGACCACUUCUUCCCGGUGUCCCACAUACGUCUGUGGGCUCUGCAGCUCAUCUUCGUCACCUGUCCGUCGUUCCUCGUGGUGCUGCAUGUGGCCUAUCGUGAGGAACGUGAACGGAAACAUCGUAUCAAAUACGGUGAGGGCUGUCAGCGGUUGUACGCCAACACUGGGAAGAAGCGUGGCGGUCUUUGGUGGACGUAUGUCCUCUCGCUGGUUUUUAAAAUGGGAGUGGAUGCGACCUUUGUGUAUCUCCUGUAUCACAUCUAUGAGGGCUAUGACUUCCCCACCCUGGUGAAGUGUUCUGAGAGUCCCUGCCCUAAUGUGGUGGAUUGCUUCAUCUCGCGGCCCACAGAGAAGCGUAUCUUCACCAUCUUCAUGGUGGUGACAAGUGUGGUGUGCAUCCUGCUCUCCCUCUGCGAAACCCUCUACCUGGUGGGCAAACGCUGCUUUGAAUGUAUUCACAGGAUGCAGGGCUCACGGCAGGUAAACAAGGCAAGGUCCAUCGCUAACAUGAGGAGCUCAAAUACUCAUUUAGAUUCAAACAGCAAGAAACUUGCAAGCACCGGCCAGCCAGCGCCAGCAUACAGUACGGUCAUCUCAUCCUAAAAAACAUGAACUUGGAAAAUGCUUCCACUCAGAGUGGGACUCGGAGAGAUGGAAAAUGUUCCUCAUGUUCAUUCACCACGAUGUGAACUCAAACAUGACCAACUCAGUAGACGGUUGGCAGUAGAGGAAGGAGCUUGUAUGCUUACCCUAUAUCCACUGGAUCUUUUUGCUGGAAAGUCGUGGCCUGAUAAACAACAUUGUAUAUUUGAAAAGUUUAUAGGGGUCAGAAUGCCAACAUCCAGGAUGAUGCAGUCUUUAGUUUGACUAAACCAAGUCUCCUCAGGGUUUUGGGUGUGGUGUGGUUUCUUUUAGGGCAGUGGUUUUCAAACUGGUACUGCAAGCACCUCCAGCACUACAUUUUAUGUGUCUCCAUUUUCUAUCACACAUGAUUCAACUCAUCAGCUCAUUUGUAGAGACUGGCAAGACCUGAAAUGGGGAAGUCGUGGCCUAGUGGUUAGAGAGUUUGGCUCCCAACCCUAAGGUUGUGGGUUUGAGUCUCUGACUGGCAAUAACACGACUUAGGUGCCCUUGAGCUAGGCACUG